AGCUACAGCAAACCGUAUCCGACUGAUUAUCAUCACACGUACGACACUGUCACUAUUCCCGUGGAGACUAUACUAACUAUGUCUUCUGUACUCAUAAUAUUUUGCUGCCUCCUUGGUCUGGGGUCAGCCUGGAACCAACCGAGCACCUGCUAUGUUAGGAGCCAAUGCUCCAGUGGAACUGAGACACACCUAACAAAGAUCAGUGAAUCAUUGGAACAUAUUCGUGAAGCACUGGAAACUAUUGCCGACAGAUUGCUGGAUGAUGAAGGAAAUGAAAGUGCACCAGUGUCAACUACCAGCAUGCCAACAGGAGCCACAUCAACCAUGGAAGCAACAACUGCCACUACCAGUGAACCAACAGCAGCCACAUCAACCAUGGAAGCAACAACUGCCACUACCAGUGAACCAACAGCAACCACAUCAACCAUGGAAGCAACAACUGCCACUACCAGUGAUCCAACAGCAACCACAUCAACCAUGGAAGCAACAACUACCACUACCAGUGAACCAACAGCAGCCACAUCAACCAUGGAAGCAACAACUGCCACUACCAGUGAACCAACAGCAGCCACAUCAACCAUGGAAGCAACAACUGCCACUACCAGUGAACCAACAGCAGCCACAUCAACCAUGGAAGCAAAAACUGCCACUACCAGUGAACCAACAGCAGCCACAUCAACCAUGGAAGCAACAACUGCCACUACCAGUGAACCAACAGCAAUGACCACAGACCCACCAACUGCUUCUGACACUUGCGGUGGACCAGGAUGGACGAGAGUGGCCUACAUUAACAUGACCGACCCCAACCAACAAUGCCCUCAAGGACUUCAACUGACAGACUAUUCGAUAAGAUCAUGUGGUCGUGCAUCAACGUCUAGUGGUGGUGUUUGCUCAUCUGUCAUGUUUCCAGUGGAUGGUGUCCAAUACAGGCAGGUGUGUGGGAGAGCAAUAGGUUAUCGGUAGGGAACCAACUACGCAUUCUUUGGAUACUACCAUGGAGGUA